UCUCGAAGUCGAGACUUGAACAAGCCGCCAGGCUGAACAUUUCAGCCGCAACGGAGCGCAGAGCCAGCGAGCCGAUGCACGGGAAUGGACUUCAUCCUCAAUCUCCCCUCCUCGCCCUUCGCAGCCGGCUUCCCCUUCCACCGGCGACUCAUCGGUGCGCUCCUCCCCCUUGCUCCCCGUUGCUUGCGGCUGCAGAGAUUUGCGUCAACAGCCUCUCGCGGUGGCGCUCCUGGGCUCGCCGGCAAUGCAUUGCCCCCGUUCUCGGCCCGGCGCAUCUCAAUCGCCUCUUCAUCUCCAUCGUUCUUCAGAAGGCAGGGCAGCAAGAGAACAAGAUCAGAGGAUCCAAAAGUAAUUGAAAAUGAGGCAGAAUGCAUUGUCAGCCGCAGCCCAACUUCUUCGAGGCGAUUCAAGUGGAGCAAAGACAGGACCAAGUUCCUCACCGAUUACUUGAUGCAACAGGCUUCAGAUACCAAGGGAAAAGAAGCAUUGUUCAGGGAGGAUACCCUGCGAGAAGCUGCAGAGGCUGUUACUCAGCGGUUUCGGCGCGAGUGCGGUGUUGCUGAUGUACAGAGGAGGUUGACGGCUCUGGGGGAGAAAUGGCAAAGGAUACAGAAGAUGAAGGCCCUUGGUUCUGUUUCAUGGGAUCAUGCCACUAGGACGAUAAGCAUGCGAGAAGAGGAUUACCAGCAGUAUGCCAUGGAUCACCCGAAGGAUUCAGGGAUGCUGAACAGGCCUAUUGAGGAUUAUGAUGAGCUUUCCUUCAUCUUCAGCGAUGAAUAUGGUCCAUCAGCAGAUGGAAUUCAGUUGAGAAAGAUCCAGAAUACCCACUCUGACGAUAGUAAGAUAUCUGAAGAUCCCGUGGAGCAGAAGAUAGCUUGUGAGGACAUCCGCUACUUAGUUCUUAAGAUUGGGGAGUUAAUAGAUGCCAUAAAAAGCUUAAAGCCCAGAGACUUUGCUGACGACUUGUGGAAAGCGGUUACAGCUUGCGGUUACAACGACAGGAUGUCAAUCACUGCGUUUGAGUAUUUUCUGAAGAACGAGGUUGAAGGGAAGAUUUUCCUUGUGCGUAGCCCGGAUCUUCGCAAGGAAUGGUUAGCUAAGUUCUUCUCUAGUCUUCUGUGACCAUUCUUGAUCUUUUCUAUCCAGCAGUUUACUUCUGUAUCUGUAUGAACAGAAACCUUAGUGUAGAAGAACAAUGGUAAUAAAAUGAGAUAAGAUGAUCUGAUUUUUACUUCUUCC